AUGGAGGUCGACUCAGCGAGCAGCUGCAGCCGGCAGUCGAGGCAACCAUUUGGUGAUGCACAGAACCGUGCGAAUAUAGCUCACCACAACCUGCAACGGUCGCGUCAUAUUACACUCUCUCCGUCCUUGGAAAGGCUCAAUUUUGAUGGACCAGACCCCAAAUCCAACGGGAGCAUGGUGACUACGUUGACGCCCGUCGAAAAUAAACGAAUAUCAGCCGUUCUUGAGGGCCAGCCCAACUCGAACCGUAACUCGACGAUCUCCACAGCCUCAACCACAUCCACAAAGUCUCGACGUAAGACUCACAUUGGGCCAUGGCAGCUCGGGAGAACGCUUGGCAAAGGAUCGACAGGACGGGUGCGGCUUGCAAAGCACGCUGUGACUGGUCAAUCUGCAGCCAUCAAGAUCGUGUCGAAGCGUUUUGCAGCCAUGGUUCAAAGCCAGAGCAUCAUGGUUAUGGAUAAGAUUACGAAAAUCCCAGGAGUCACCAAGGAGUCUAGGGCGAUACCUUGUGGAAUUGAAAGGGAAGUAGUUAUCAUGAAACUCAUUCAGCACCCAAACGUUAUUGGCCUCUUCGAUGUAUGGGAAAACAGAGGUGAAUUGUACCUGGUUCUCGAGUACGUCGAAGGAGGGGAAUUAUUCGAGUAUAUCUCCGAACAUGGACCGCUCCCUGAGAUUGAGGCAGUGAGACUCUUCAGGCAGAUUAUCUCAGCUGUGUCUUACUGCCAUAGAUUCAAUAUCUGCCACCGAGACCUUAAACCUGAGAAUAUCUUGCUUGACGGUUCUUUCAAUGUCAAGCUAGCCGACUUUGGAAUGGCAGCCCUACAACCUGAAGGUCAUAUGCUGAAUACUUCAUGCGGCAGCCCUCAUUAUGCCUCGCCCGAGAUAAUACAUGGAAAACCAUACCGUGGCGAUAAAGCUGAUAUUUGGAGCUGCGGAAUUAUACUUUACGCUCUCUUAUGCGGAUUUCUGCCAUUUGACGGAGGUAACCUGCGGAACACAUUGAAGCUUGUUAAGAGAGGGGAAUACAUACUUCCCCCUUGGAUGAGCGAAGAAGCCAUAGACCUGGUUCAAAGCAUCCUCCAGAAGGACCCAGAGAAUAGGAUGACCUUUGCCGACAUGUGGGAACACCCUCUAUUGAAAAAAUAUGAAAACCAUCCACUAUUAAAGAGUAGCCUGUCUAUUGGCCUUGCUCCACCUCUGCCCCUGAAGAUGUACGGUAAAGUCGCUGAUAAGCGGCAGGGAAUUAAUGUGGAGAUACUACGAAGCCUUCAAACACUCUGGCAUGCCGUAGAUUCAGAGGAGUUGGUUAAAAAGCUUCUUGACGAAGAGGGUAACCUUGAGAAAGUAUUCUAUCGAACCCUGCAAAAAUUCAGUGAUGCACAACUAGAGGCCUCUGGUGAAUUACCACUCAAACACUCCAGCAGUGAUUACCAUCAUGCUCCAGCAGCCCAUAUCAAAGGUUUAUUCACACCACCUCAGUCAUGGAAAGGCUCUAGGUUCUCAUUUGCCAGCGGAGGUUCCCUUAAAAAUGGUACUUACCGAGAACCGUCAUCUCUGGGCACCAUAUCGACUUAUGAUCCCUAUAGAUCCUCACAAAUUCCAACUCCAAAUCCGCAGGCUGAGUUUGCCAAUGUUACAGUUCAUCGACGACCAACUCGCAUGGCGGGCACUACCCCAUCGCCGUCAUCUUCGCCAAUUUCACCUAAAGAUGAGCUUCUAACGCCCGGCCCCGCCUCAUCAUACACUUUUAUCCAAGGAUUUGGCUCCCAAAAGACUUCUUUAGCAUCGUUUCGAUCCUACAGCUCCCUAGGAAGUUCCCGUUGCCGCACAAUGGGCUCGAAACAUAUCAGAUAUCGACGGAAUGUCAGUUUCCGGCAUCCUCAUAACUUAUCAGCCAAUCCUACUCCUGUUAGAAAACGGGCUUCUACGUCAGCCUCACAAUAUUCGUUAUGCACAAACAAGCCAUUUGUAGCGCAGACCACAAAACCCAGUCAAGAAGAAUUUCCUGGCCGAGUUGACUCGCCUACUCUAGCGACGUCGCCCUUGAUAGCGCGUAAACGUGACCCCACGAGACACGAUAACGCUGCAAUACGCAAGGCUAGAUUUUCGUGGAGAGAAGACACGAGAAAGGUGUCAGCUGAACUUGAAAAAUUAUGUGAAGAAGCAUUCAAUCAGGUGUCCGACUCAUCUUCAACCACAAAGGACUCCUCUGAAAGCAAAGAGGCAUCAGAUGCUUCUUCAAUGUCCUCCAUAUCCAGCAAUGGAGAAGCGGAACCGAAAGUGGAAGCCGUGAAGGACUUACUGCCUAAGCAGCCCCAGGAACCACCCCGUACAUAUGCUGCCCUGGAGUUAGCUGAGGCGCGGCGUCGUCUUAUAGAACAUUCGGCACAGGCUGGUGCUGAUGGGCUACCAGAUUAUCUCAAGAAUAUUAUUGCUCACUUAGACCGUCUUAUUGAUGGAGAAACUGCAAAUUCUGCUAGCAAGCCAAUAACCAAACAGACUCUGGUAGCACGGGAGUCAACUGGACGUCUUCCAGUUAUAUCCGAAGAAAAUUACCUUGAGGCUGAAUCGAAGUCUUUCCUCCCGCCUCCCGAACCAACUAAACCAUUGGACUUGGAUCUGGGUAAUUGGGAAACCAAAAAGUCCAUUCGUGUUGUGAAUGGUGACUCUAUGAAAAACAACCUAGACUUUGUCAAGUCAUUGACCAUACAAAAGAAACACUCUGGAGAAUUUCCUUCGUUGGACUGUGAGUUUAAAUCUUUUGAUUUUUCAGGAUGCCUUGUGGCUGGGCGCAAUGAAGAUAAUACCGUAUCUCCUCGAGAUAUGGUAGUUAGGCAUGACUCCGGCUUGGAUUCAAUUGAAGAAAAUCCUAAAUCUGCCAGGAGCAGCGCAACUCGUAGCUCAGCGGAUGCUAAGAAGUGGACUUGGCUGAAGCCCCGUCAGAACAGCAGUGAUACCACUGAUACAGAGGGGUCUAGAGACAAGCCGUUUACAGAUCUCUUUGAUCGGAUGCAGGAGGAGAGAAGGAAAUCUGCAUUGAGUAAUAUCGAACAACAUUUUAAAGAUCUAGGAGCAACAGCGGGUGGACGUCGACUGAAGAAAUUCUUCAAGAGAAAGACGACUGCGGAGUGCAUCCAUAAGCUUACCGACGAUGCUGAAGAAACCGACGUUACAAGUACUAUUAGCGAUGUUGACAGCAGACGAAAUGAUAGCGGUGUCGAGCUAGGCGAUGAUAGCACUGCCGCAACCACGCCCAUGCGCAAAAACAGCGACGACAUACCACUGACCACUACUAGCUAUACCAACACUUGGUUCUCCAAGUUCCUGCUCAUGAAGCCUGCCUUCAAGGUGUUUGCACUGAAUAUCUCUAAGCCGCGCGCAAAGAAGGAAGUCCUCAAGUUAUUUAAGGAGUGGAAAAAAUACGGCCUUGAGGGUCUCCACCUUGAUAACCAAAAUGACAUUAUCUGCGGAUCCGUGGGGGAACUGAACUUCCUCCGCCUUCGACCGGUCCAGUUUUCGGCCGAGUUCUUCUCCGUGCUUGAGCAUGGCCGGCAUGCAAACCUCAGUCUCAUCCGCCUUCGACAGGACCAGGGAGCAUCGUCGUCGUUCUACAAAGUGGUCCAGACGCUUCGGAUGGCCCUCAAAGAACAGGACUUCCUCGUUCAAGAUGCCCGCCGAGCUAAGAAGAUGAUCAAAGUCCUUCCUUAA